CCUUUAAUUUUCAGAUUUAUAUUUUGUUUUGUCCGAAUCUGAUCGAGGGCUUCGAUAUCUCUCACGAUCUACGGCAUCUCUAACCUUUCGCUUCCUCGUAACUUCACUCAGUUUUAUUAGCUAGGUGCAGGAGCUGGCGGGGAUGAUAGAAUGCAGUGUUUGCCACUCAAAAAUAGCAUCGCCCGGUAGUAAAACCGUUUCGAGGGCUUAUGAUACGCACCGCAGCUAGGUCUCCUCCAAAACUUGUCUCCUCAACGUUCUUUUGGUCUCUGGUGACUGCAUUUUGGUCGGUUUUCAGCCUAUAUUGGUAUAUAUGUCAAAGGCAAAUGGGGGUUUCAAGUUUAGCCCACUUAGCGUUAAUCUUCUUACUGAGGUGGCCAAAGUUACUUUCGCUAUUAUUAUGCUCUUGUUCCAGGUUCGGAAGAAGAAAGUUGAGGAGAAAUCUCUUCUCUCAAUUUCAUCAUUAGUGCAGGCUGCUCGAAAUAAUGUGCUUCUUGCAGUUCCAGCUCUACUUUACGCUAUUAACAAUUACCUAAAGUUCAUCAUGCAGCUUUAUUUCAAUCCUGCUACUGUGAAGAUGCUUAGCAACCUAAAGGUUUUGGUAAUAGUUAUCUGGUUAAAGAUGAUCAUGAAAUGGCGGUUUUCUAUUCUUCAGUGGGAGGCUCUUGCAUUGUUGCUUAUUGGAAUUAGCAUAAACCAGUUGCGGUCUUUACUAGAGGGUACUACUUCAUUUGAUCUUCCGGUUGCAACAUGCGCAUACAUGUACACUCUAAUUUUUGUUACUAUCCCAUCAAUGGCAUCUGUCUUUAAUGAAUAUGCUUUAAAGAGCAAGUUUGAGACGAGCAUUUACCAUCAGAACUUGUUUCUUUAUGGAUAUGGUGCAAUUUUCAAUUUCCUAGCCAUUCUUGGAACUGAACUUUUUAAAGACAAUCAGGCUCCAUACCUCAAAACGCCCACGCCCAGGCUGCAAUAUGCACUCCAAGCUCCAAUAUCCACCGCUCCAGACCUCCAGUCUCCAUCGCUCCAGCCAGCUCCAGCUCUAGCCAGGAGGUUGAAGACGCGUCAAAAUAGCGUCCAAAGUCCUGAAGAAAAUGUCUUGGUAGGCACUCCUAGAGACGAUUGUCCUUCACCUUGCCUGGCCAGGGUAGGUGAAUUUCUGCUCUCAGUAGGCCUAUCAUCUCCCGCUUCACCUCGGGAGCUACUAUGUUCGGACAUCUAA